AUGGAGAAGGUAGAGUUGAGAUUGUACAAUACGAUGACUCAAAGGAAGGAAGUUUUGAAGCCAAUCAAUCCGGGCAAGAUUGGAAUGUAUGUCUGUGGUAUUACAGCCUACGAUUUCAGCCAUCUUGGCCACGCUCGUGCCUCUGUCUCCUUUGAUGUCCUUUACAGAUACUUAAGGCACUUGGGUUAUGAAGUUACUUAUGUCCUAAAUUUUACUGAUGUUGAUGACAAGGCUAACGAGUGUGGGGAGAAGCCGUUAGAUUUGAGUAAUCGCUUUUGCGAGGAGUAUCUUGUAGAUAUGAGUGCUCUUCAGUGCCUUCUUCCCACCCACCAGCCUCGUGUCAGUGACCAUAUGGUGGAUAUAGUAAAUAUGAUAGAAAAGAUCAUUGAGAACGAAUGUGGGUAUGUAGUGGGUGGUGAUGUGUUCUUCUCGGUCGAUAAGUCACCGAAUUAUGGUAAACUAUCAGGGCAACUGCUGGAUCAUACUCGAGCUGGUGAGCGGGUUGCUGUUGAUCCAAGAAAGCAUAAUCCUGCUGACUUUGCGUUAUGGAAGGCUGCAAAACCCGAUGAACCGAGUUGGGAGAGUCCUUGGGGUCCAGGAAGACCGGGAUGGCACAUCGAGUGCAGUGCAAUGAGUGCCCAUUAUCUGUCUCCGAGAUUUGACAUUCAUGGUGGUGGCGCAGAUCUGAAAUUCCCGCACCAUGAAAAUGAGAUUGCCGAGGCAUGUGCUGCUUGCAAAGAUAGUGGUGUAAAUUACUGGUUGCAUAAUGGGCAUGUCACCAACAAUAAUGAGAAGAUGGGAAAACCACUGAAUAACUUUUUUACAAUUAGAGAAAUCACGGCUAAGUAUCAUCCACUGGCUCUGAGACACUUCUUGAUAAGUGCACAUUACCGUUCUCCUCUGAACUAUGCGGUGUCACAGCUAAAGAGUUCGUCGGAUUCUCUAUAUUAUGUUUAUCAGACGCUAGAAGAUCUUGUUGAAGCUCUCUCGCCAUAUCGAGAAGCAAUGUGUGAAGAUGGUGAACAGACUUCAGAAGCCAAAGACGUGAUAAAGAAGUUGAAAAGAGAGUUUGAAACAAAAAUGUCAGACGACUUGAACACUUCUCAUAUACUCGAGGGUGCUUUUCAAGAAGCGAUGAAAUUCACCAACGUUUCCAUCAAGAAGCAGAGGUUGUCGCUGCUUGUAGAGGUUGAGAAAGCUGUGAGGCAAGUUCUUGAUGUGCUUGGUUUGCUCACUACUCUAAGCUAUGCCGAGUUUUUGAAAGAGAUGAAACAAAAGGCAUUAGCAAGAGCAGGAAUAGAAGAAGAAGAGGUCUUGCGGAGGAUUGAAGAAAGGGAAAUUGCGCGGAAGAACAAAGAAUUCAAGAGAAGCGAUGAGAUUCGAGAAUUGUUAGAGAAUAAAGGAAUCACCCUCAUGGAUAUUCCUGGUAAAGACACAGUGUGGAGACCAUACAUCCCUUGUAGCUCUCAGCCCAACUCCGACCCUGCGCAGGCAACGCCUCCUUGA